CUCACGCGUCAGGCGCGCGUCUCAUCUGCGUGCAGACAGUGUUCUCUCGAGACAGCAGCCAGCUAGCUAGAAGUCGUGUAAAGUAAUAUAUCUCGCAGCAUCUCUCUCAAUAACUAUCAUUUAGGAUUUAUUUUUAGGAUUUUGAACGUCGGGGUCAAAUCUAGUUUUUAUCCAUGUAUAUAGACGCGUUUAAACGGAUGUGCUUUGAACGGCUGAGUUGUUUGAAAACAAUGUGUGUGUGUCAGCGGCAGUGCAGUUCGUUGGCCAUGUCUAAGGUUGCAGUAAAGAAGCUGCACUGGCAAUCUAAAGUGCAGGAGACUUCUGUACCACUGGUGGACAGCUCUGGAGAGUUGGGAAUUGGCAUCGGAGGUGGGGCUGAUUAUGGAGAGUUCCCAUUCAUCACCGCUGCAGCAGGGGAAGGGAUCACAGUUGGCGAUAUCAUCUUAGAAAUCGGGGGAACUCCUAUUUUGGGUCUGACUUUAGGAGAUGUGCGUGGGCUCCUAAACUCCUGCCCCCAUCCAAUCCGCAUCAAGACAGUGUCUCCAGGUUCAACUCUAUGCAGGGAUCUAAGGUUAUACUUGAGCAAAUGUUUCACACUGGGUUCAGUAGACAGUCAACUCCAGCAGAUGAUCCGAGAAAACCUCUACUUGAGAGCCGUGCCCUGUACGACUAGACAGCCACGAGACGGUGAGAUCAUGGGAGUCGACUAUAACUUUGUCUCCGUUGAGGAGUUCUUCUCGCUGGAGGAGUCUGGGGCACUAUUGGAGAGCGGGAAGUUCAAAGGGAACUACUACGGAACCCCUCGUCCGGUUCACAUCAAUCCUGAUAGUCCUCCCAUCACCUACCAGGAGCACCGCAUCCUGCUGAGAAACUUCCGCACACGGAGCAAGUCCCUCAGCAACCUGGAGAAAGCAGGCGCGGAGGGAGACAACAGCGAGGAGGACUCGGGUCUAUCAGGAGGUUCAGUUGGGCUGAGCAGUGCCCCCGCCCCCACAUCUUCCCCCAGCCAAUCACGAGAUUCAAGCAGAGGAGACGGCAGUGCCUUGGAGAAUGGGCUCGGACCCCAUAGAGGAGCACGGCUGACAGGGUCGGAAAACUGGGAGAUGAUGUACAGCGACUCAGGGAACGCCUAUUACAAUGACCAUCAUCUAAAGCCAUCCUCUUGGCUUAAUCACCGAGCUCACAACAGAGAGAAUGUCUGUAUGACUGAAUACAUUUCACAUUCAUGCAUUUGGCAGACACUUAAAGACUUACAAAGCAACUUACAGUGCAUUGAAGUGGCAGAGUUUACAGACCAGCCGAGUGAACUGAAAGGCUACUCUGUUCACACUCAUCUGGUUAAGGGUUCACAGGGUUUUGGCUUCAACAUAGUGGGAGGCAGCAGGCGGAGAGAGUUCCUGCAGAUCUACAGCAUCACUCCCGGAGGACCUUCCACCCUUCACAUAGCGGACAUUCUGGUGUACAUCAAUGAUACCUGUGUGCUCGGCUUCUCUCACAAAGAGGUGGUGGAAAUGUUGAAAGCCAUCCCAGUGGGUCAUACUGUGGACGUUGUUGUCCGAAGAGGCUACCCCAUGCUCUAUAACUCUGACGGCUGUCCUAAGAUGCCCAAUCCUAGGCUAACGGGAUCCCAAGACCAGUCGCUACAUCUACCUCCACCCACCACCACCCAACCCCAGGCCCAAGCUCCUCUCCCAUACGCUCAGUCACACCUCUACCACAACGGGACCAUGUGGUCUGAUUUUGAGAGGGGAUCCUCAAGGAAUCUCAGAGUACGGGCAUCAAGGUUCAGUUUGGAUGCUAAUUGUAAUUCAUCUCCAAUUGCUUCUCCUCCAAGACAGCCAUCAUCAUACCAGUACUCUAACGGGUGUGGGAGUGGAUUCCUGAGAGCACCACGCUCUGCCAGAAGCAUCAGGAGGUUACAGUGUGCAGAACUGGCCAGCCAGAGCGACAGCGAGGUGGUGUCUGCGAUUGGAUCACAGAGGGCUUCGUUUAUCCGUAACCACAACAACAACUCCCUGUCCACUCCGCCACCUCUCCGCCCGAACUCCUUCAAAUCUUCUGAGAGUGAUCUUUCCUCAAGUACUCCACCACCCAUAUCUCGACUGCCCCUGCUUCACACUGAAGUAAGUCCAGGCCCUGUCUCUUUCUCUCCUGGAGGAGGAAGGCACUACUCCCAUCUCUGUAAACCCCAGCAUUCACUGCUAACCCCACCUAGCAGCGCCCAUUCUGACGGGCCUUACUUCACCUUCAACGGCACAGCCAGUGCUAGCAGUGGCAGCCUGAACAGCAGCAUUCCUUCACCGGGAGCCAUGAGCGCUGUGGUCGGGAGUGGAGUUGGAGGAAUGGCUAUUAGUGGCGAAUUAGUCCCUGUUGUCUUGGCUAAAUGUGAGAGGGGCAGCAAUAUGGGGUUCAGUGUCACGGCAGGAGGUCACGGAGGAAGACAGACCCUCGUGAAAAAAGUCUGGGACCACAGGCAGUGUAUCGGACUGCAGUCUGGAGAUGCUAUUGUGAAGAUCAACGGAGCAGAUGUACAGAGUGUCAGCUUUGCACAGGUCCAGCGGAUUUUGCAAGAACACACUAAAAAGGGGGAGGUUAUUCUGCUGGUUUACAGAGGUGGCCCUUCGUAUUUCUCCAUUUCCCCUAAUUCUGUGCGACGACUGACUCCUCCCCCUCCUCGCUCCGCCUCUGACUCUGAAGUCCCUUUUACCAACUCCAUACCACGAUCACGCAGCACUUUAACCCCGUCCUCUCCAGCGCUGGUGCGCUCUUCAUUGGUCCAGAGCACCAGCUUCCUGGAUUCUGCUCCUGUCACUCUCACGCUGGAGCCACGUGAUUGGAUGAGUUCAGAGGAAGGAGGGACGGUACUCAGUCCCAGAGUGAAAACAGAGGAGAAAGAAAAGCCCCCUGUGCUGCGGGGGUAUGAGGUGGAGCUGAAGAGGAAGCCAGGUGAAGGCUUUGGAUUUGUUAUCGCCUCCCAGGACGUGGAGAAUGUCAAAGCAGUGUCUCUGCUGCCUCACAGGUUUGUGACGGUACGCAGAGGCAGCCCGGCGGCACGCAGCGGUCAGAUCCGGCCUGGAGAUCGUCUAGAGGCGGUAGACGGGAGAUCAGUGGUCAGUUUACCCCACAGAGAGCUGGCACAGAUCCUGAGGAGAGCUGGAAACACACUCCGCUUGACCAUCGUACCUCGUGCUAGUGCUCAUUCCUCCGAGCGAGCAGAAAAUGACUCUGAUUAUAAGAACAGGAAAACUCACAGAUCAAAACCAAAGCAGGAUGCCACGCGGUACUACAGUGUGGAACUGGAGAGGGGGUCCACUGGAUUCGGCUUUAGUCUGAGAGGAGGGAGUGAGUAUAACAUGGGCCUCUAUGUGCUGAGACUGAUGGAGGGAGGACCAGCCUCACGCAGCCACAAAAUACAGGUGCGGGUGAGUGAUCAGUUGGUGGAGAUCAAUGGAGACAGUACAGCAGGAAUGAGUCACAGUCAGGCUGUGGAGCAGAUCAGGACCGGAGGAAGCAGGAUACACCUCGUGUUCAAAAGAGGAAAUGGAUACGUCCCUGACAACGACCGUGAUCACGUCACAGCUGUCUCCUCCUCACCCCAGGCCCUGCAGUCGGGUUUGGCUGCAGUGAGCCGUCGCCUUGCUCAACAAGACGCCACAUCCAGAGUUCAGGAACCAGGAAAGACCAACCGAGAGCAGAGAGAACAGAGAGAGAGGGGAAGUGAUGGAGAAGACCGCGAGAGACCUGACACUCUCGAGGGCGGCAAUCAGGGCAGGGGGCGAAGGUCGAGAGACAAAAGGAGGAGACGAAGGACACAGAGCUUGCCUAGACUGCCGAACAAAGUGAAGAAAACAUGCAGGGAAGGGUUGAAAAAGAUGACAAGAGAAGGGAAGGGAAGACAUGUCAAGAUGGAGCAAGAGCGAGGAGAGGAUGAGACGGGUGGAGAGAAAGAUUGAGAGCAAGAACACACAAACUAUCAAUAACCAGAGACUUCCUGAGCCUAAACUGCAGUGGGAGGAAGAUGAGGAGGAGGACGAGUGGGAAAGAGAGACAGAACAAGUGUGGAUGAGAGAGAGAGAAAGGCUGAAAGACAAAGAAUGGGAGAGGGAGGAGAGGAAAACGCUUGCUUCAGAGGGCGACAAGGAAUGUGAAAUAGAAAAUGAGGCAAAUAAGGAAGUGCUUGAGUGGGAGCUGAACAAAAAAAAUUGAACGAGGGAUUCCA